AUGUUAUACAAUCUAGUGCUCCUCUGCUCGGUAGCCGCUGCGGCCGCCUUCGCUGGCUUCGAGCACGAGUCACCGAAGGAGCAUCGCCAUGAGCACUUCGAGCACGUCAAGACCAUCACGGUGACGAAGAAGGUCCCGAAACCAUACCCUGUGGAAGUAGAGAAACACGUGCCUUAUGAGGUAAAAGUUCCAGUCGAUAAACCUUAUCCAGUUUAUGUACCGAAACCUUACCCAGUUUACGUUGAAAAGAAGGUACCGUACGAAGUAAAAGUUCCAGUGCCGAAGCCUUAUAUCGUUGAGAAGAAAGUACCCUACGAAGUCAAAGUUCAAGUAGACAAGCCAUACCCUGUUGAAGUACCCAAACCCUAUAAUGUCUACGUUGAAAAGAAAGUUCCAUAUUAUGUAGAAAAGCAUGUACCAUAUACAGUCAAAGUACCUGUUGAGAAGAAGUAUCCAGUGCAUUACCCAGUCGAGAAAAAAAUUCCGUAUCCAGUUUACAAAGAGGUUCGUUAUGAAGUUAAAGUACCUGUCGAAAAACCAGUCCCCUACCACGUGGAGAAGCCAGUUCCCUACCAUGUAGAGAAAGAAGUGCCCUAUCCCGUAGUGAAGGAAGUGCCGUACCCAGUCAAGGUGCCUUAUAAAGUAGAGGUUAAAGUUCCUUACAAGGUGGAAGUUCCCAAAUAUAAUGACUUCAAAGAAAGCAGUGGUUUUUAUGGCCAUAAGUAAUUAUUUCCGGACGGUGUUAUUAUUGGGUAUGGUUUCCGAACAACGAACAUUGGAG